CCCUCUCUUGAUGUAACCGUUUUCUUGUUAUCUGGUUUUCUCUGCCGGCUAUUUGCAUCUCUUUCCAAAAAGCAAACCAAAGCAGAUCAUUGCUGGUUCUAGUAGCAGACCCAAGACCUCAAAGCCCCACUUUAAUGUUUAUAUUCGAUCUUUUUAUCUGUCCCCUCUGCUAUAUAUAUAUAUAACCUGACAUUCUCCAUUUGUUUCAUUCAUUCUCGGCUCAUCAUUCCAGUUGUUUGUUAUAAACCAUUGUUUUUGUUUCUUUUCUACUACUCCCUUCACAUCAUUGCUGCAAUCAUCAAUAAAUCUUCGAGAAAGCAGAGUUGUUGAUGGAGACCGUCGAAUUGAAGGUGGAGAUGGUUGGCUUGCAUGAGAAAAGACUCAGAAAAUGCCUCUCAAAGCUGAAAGGGAUAGAGAAAGUAGAAGUGGAUGCCAACAGUCACAAGGUGGUGGUCACAGGAUAUGCACACCGGAACAAAGUACUCAAAGCCAUCAGGAGAGGUGGUUUAAAAGCAGACUUUUGGUCCGCUCACAAUGAGCUUCUUAAUGCUUAUACCGUCGCCACCGCAAGUUAUGGCAGUUUCAGAUUCAACAACUUCAACUUCUACUAGGCUACCUCUUGUUGUUUCAAUUUCUCCUGUUUUUUUUUUUCCUUUUUCCCUUUCUUUCCCUUCGUGGGAUCACAUCAAAUUACAUUACAUACCAAGGUUGUGGUUUGUGUUUUCGUUUUUCAUCAACUUCUUCCCCUUUUUCUUUCUUUUACAGAGGAAGACUCACUUGUUCAGUGAUGAUAGUUCUUGAUAUACUACAUGAUAGAGUGAAAUUGGAAACUCCUAAAUUUUGUA